AUGAACAUGAGAGUUUUCUACAAGGGUCUGUUGUCUUUACUGGGAUUUUUCUCAGUUCAGAAGAAAGCAGAAAGUGAAGUGAACAUAGCAAGUUGGGGAACAGCCGUUCAGUCGACAACAUUUUACGGCUUAAAUCAUGACUGGAGUGCCCAAAACGCUCUCGAUGGGUUGAACAACAUCUGUACUCGUACAGAAGAACAAAGUGACCCGUGGUGGAAGCUGGAUCUGAAGAAGACAUACAGUGUGAACAGAGUGACCAUCACUAACAGAUUAAUCUGCUGUGUAAACUGGAUAGAUGGGGCAGAGAUUCGGAUUGGAAACGAUUCUUCAGAUGUUUUCAGCAACCCAGUAUGUGCUGUAGUUUCUUCUAUUCCAGCAGGAGCAACCUACAGCUUCUCGUGCCCUGGGAUGGAGGGGCGCUAUGUGAUUGUGAAUAUUCCUGGAACUUCAAAGACUGUUACUUUCUGUGAAGUGGCAGUCUAUGUGAUUUUUCCAGGUAAUUUGGCAACAGGAAGAACUGUCAUACAGUCGUCAACCGAUGGCUACUGGUUUGCUCAUCAGGCCAUUGAUUUCAAUCCUGGCUUCACAAAUUCAUGGUCAGCGUGUUCUUCAACCGAUAUUCAGACUAACCCAUGGUGGAGGGUGGAUCUGGGUUAUAUUUACAGAGUAAGUAGAGUUGUCAUCACAAACAUACCAGACUGCUGUCCAGAGAGAAUAAACGGAACGGAGAUUCGCAUCGGAAACUCUUUGGAGAACAACGGCAACAACAAUCCCACAUGCGCUGUGAUUUCUAGCCUUCCAGCUGGUGUUUCCUCCACUUACACAUGUAACAAUAUGGAGGGUCGAUAUGUGAAUCUCUUCAUUCCUGGAAAUUCAAGGAUUCUUACUCUGUGUGAGGUGGAGGUCUAUGAAGAAGUUUCCAAUCUUGAACGGUCCCUGGCACACGACGAGUCAAGUCCCCUCAUGAAACAGGGUGCAUCCCGUCCAGAACGGAUUCAGCACAAGUCCACCACGAACUGCUUCGAUGCAGUCACUCUUCACGAAGUUUUUGUUGAGGAGGCACUGCCUCCCUGCCUACUCGGAGGAAACGCCCGAUUACCAGUUUUUGUUGAGGAGGCACUGCCUCCCUUGCCUACUCGGAGGAAACGCCCGAUUACCAGAGCAAACAAACUUGAGCAUAAAGUGGAGAAAGAAGAAGAAAGAGAAGAGGUGGUGGAGCAGGAAGAAGGUGUGAAAUGA